AUGGCUUCAGGUCUCCUCCUGUCACUUCCUUGGUGGCUGUGGGUGCCACUCCUCAUUGCAGUCUACACUGCUUGGUCAUAUCUCAGCUACUACAUACGUCUAUGGAAACUGGGAGCUUAUGCGCCAUUGUACCUUGGUGAUAACCUCUUGGGUUUUAAUAGAAUCAAGGACAUCUUGAAAAAACAGAAAUCAGGCGAGUUGCCUAACUACUUCUACGAUUUGUUUGCAGAGGCAAAGAGAGAUACCCUUGCGAUCCACACUACUGGAACUAUGAGAUAUUGCACUAAAGAUCCAGCAAACAUCAAGGCCAUCUUGGCUACCCAGUUCAACGAUUUCACAGUAGGCCAGCGUCUCACUCAGGUUGGCGUUCUUCUAGGAGAUGGAAUCUUUACGUUAGAUGGAGCUGGCUGGAAGCACUCUCGAGCCAUGCUCAGACCACAAUUUGCAAGAGAACAAGUCUCUCAUGUGAAGAUGUUGGAACCUCAUGUUCAGCAAGUUAUUCGAAGGGUCAAAGAUACCCAAGGCUCGAAAUUUGACAUCCAGACCUUGUUCUUUAAAUUGACAGUUGACUCAGGAACUGAGUUUUUAUUUGGAGAUUCAUGUAAUUCUCUCCAGGAUGAUAUCGUUGAUAUUUCCAAACUUAGCGGGCCAAAAGAAUCAGGAGAGUUUGCUGAAGCAUUCAGCACUUCUCAGCUUUACCUCGUGAAGAGAAUGAACUUCCAGAGCCUCUGCUUCUUGGUCAACAACAAAGAGUUCAGAGACUGCAAUAAAAUCAUCAGUGGCUUCACUAACUACUACGUCAACAGAGCUUUAGAGCUUGAGCCUGAAGACCUUGAAAAGCAAGCAAAUGGAAAGUACGUGUUUUUGUUCGAAUUGGUCAAACAGACCAGAGACCCUAAGGUUUUGAGGGACCAGUGCUUGAAUAUACUUCUCGCAGCUAGAGAUACCACUGCUGGUCUUAUGUCGUUCAUUUUCUUUGAGCUUGCAAGAAAUCCAGAGAUUUUCAGAAAGUUACGUGCCGAGGUUGUGGAUGCUUUUGGAGAAGGCGAUUCAGCAGAUCUCAGUAAAAUGACCUUUGAGUCACUUAAGAAACUCGAGUACUUAAGGUGGGUGCUUAACGAGACACUCAGACUAUACCCCUCGGUUUCACAAACCUCCAGGACUGCUGGCAAAGAUACUACAUUACCAAGAGGAGGUGGACCAGACGGUGAAGAUCCCGUCUUUAUGCCAAAAGGAAUGAUUGUUCUUUACUCCUUCUUCUCAAUGCACAGAAACCCAGAUAUCUAUGGUAAGGACGCUUCGGUUUAUCGUCCAGAAAGGUGGGGUGAGCCGGAACUUAAGAAAGUCGGUUGGGGUUUCCUUCCGUUUAAUGGCGGUCCACGUAUUUGUCUCGGCCAACAGUUUGCUCUUACGGAGGCUUCUUAUGUUACAGCAAGAUUAUUGCAGACGUUCAAGCACAUUGAGUCGUUUGACGGCCCAGGCGAGCCUAAGACAAGCGCCCAAUUGACCUUGUCUCUUCUCAAUGGAGCAAACAUUAGGUUAUAUUAA